UGGCAACUCCUGAAAAUAGUAUGUCCCUACUUGUCUAACCCCUGGUAUAGACAUCGUACUCAAAAUAGUAAACAAAUUUGACCUCGGUGAACAACUUAAGAGAUUAAAAUACAAUACAGAGAUCGAAGGUAGAACUUACUAUGAAAUCCAGCUCCGUUAUUUACUCUUAUGGAUCCUCUACACACAAAAUUGGACAUUUAGUAAGCUCCAGAAAGUGAUUGGAACGAUAAAACUAGAAGUGGAAAGGUACCAAGAAAAGCAUCCAGAGUUAAGCUUUGAUCAAAUUUCAGAUAAGAUAGAAGACAUUUCUGACAUGCUUCCAUAUCUCUCUAACAAUGGGGAGCUCAGUUCUUUCGUUGAUUACGCUGAGCUGUUUCCUGAUGUGACUGAUGAUACCAUUGAGCAAGUCUAUUUAGACCAGCUGCCUGACCAAGAAACGAUCAGUAAUAUCAAAGAGCAUCUAGCCACCAUCCAAGCCAUUGCAAAGGAGUGGCAGCAGGAUUGAGCGAUCAGGCCGUACGGGUCGAUAUCGAACGGAUUUUUGCUAAAAGGAACAAGCGAUAUUGAUCUGGAAUUGUAGACUAGUGUUGAAUUAUUAUGGACAAUUAUAUUUACUCAUUUCUAAGAUAUGAUAAGCAAAAGUUAAACAAGGUAGAAGACAGAAAACAGAAAAAUCUAUUUUAUGACAAUUAUGGAGUCAAGAGAAUAUAAUUUAUUUUACUUGAUUCCCAUUUCUUUAGAAUUCAAAGAUAUAUAAUUUUAAUGAGCAUUCUUGAUACUCCUUAAUUCUUAGAUUAUUUAAAAAAUAAAUCGAACCAAAUUGAUCUGGCUUGAAUUUUAACAAACAAUUGAAUGACUCAUCCAUAUUGAUAUUCUGAUGAAUUAAGAGGAAUGCUUGAUAAGUAAAUAUGGACCAAAUAUAUGGGAAAACAACUCGUUCAGAAGAAUUCCUUUACUUCAAGCUACUUUAGCUGAUGAUACAGAAAUUGAAAUAACUUUCAAUAAUAUUACAGGACUUCUAAAUAGUGAAUAUGUUCGUACCUUGGCUGAAAUCGAUUCUAGAUUUCAUAAACUUGGAUACUUCAUCAAACACUUUGUCAGUUCCAGGCAAAUCUUCGACUCAGACACAAAGAAACUCAACUCGUUCAGUCUGAUCUGAAUGCUGAUUGUGUUUCUGCAGGACAAGUGCUCUCCUCCAGUGUUGCCUAGGAUCAUCAACAUGGGUUCUUCGGUAGAAGGCAAAGAAUUAAUUUCUCCAUCAUACAUCACAGUCGGAGAUGGGUCACAAAACCCAAACAAUUAUGAUUACAAAGUACUAGAAUCCAACCUUGACUUUAACUUUGAAUAUGAUCAUGAAGAGAUUCAGUCCUUCAUGAAACUUGAAGUUAACCAAGACUCAGUCUCCGAACUGUUUAAAUAAGUUCGUACAUUUUUACUUCGGAGGAGGAGGGUUUGAUCCCAUUCACGAUGUAGUCAACACACGAGAAGGAAAGAUCCAGAAGAUCAGAAGUUUGGGAUCAAUUCUUGAUAAAAGAGUCAAGAAAAAGCUAGACGAAGCAUUUAUUGCUGUCCUGGAUCCAUUUGACAUGUCUUAUUGCCCAUCAUCUAAUUUUGAGCUGUAUUCCUGGACUCGCAAAAAAUCUAUGAUUAAGAAAAUGGUUCAAUUCAUAAGAUAAGUUUCUUAUAAUAUCUGUCAAUAUCUUUGGUCCUCUUUUUAACCCUUAUAAUUUUUAGUCUAAUGUAGAAACAACAUUAUUAAAGGUCAACUCCAUGAACCUUUGAUUCAUAAUGUUGGCUUUAGUCUGAAAUUUCAUGGUGCAAACCAACAGUUAGAUCCAAUGCUGGGUUACUAGCCUAAAGGUCAAAUCACCAGUGGAAAUAAAAGUAUUCAUGGACAUGAAGUGAUAGGAUCUAAUCGUAAGGUUUCCAGGUCAAAGACCGGAUUGUCCAACAUGAUCUAGCAUUAUAAACACCCGCCCACCUACUGUUCCGUAUACCAGUGGCUAGUCUUACUGAGGUUCGGUUGAUUUCUCACCUUAGAAUUCCCAGUUUUCAAUUCAUUUGUCCUAUUGCACUUAAUACCUACAGCCACCCAUUUCUU